CCCAGCCCAGGCCCUGCCUCCUGGACACAGCAACGCUCACGUACCGGGUGGCUGGCGGCAGCCACCGCGGCCACUUCCCUCGGGACUCUCUCGGAUGCAGCCAGCGACCUGGGGAGGGGGCUUCUCUGAGGCCCGAAAGGGUUCCGGUCUCCGCUGCCAACCCCGCUAUGGCUGUGGACAUUGAAUACAGGUACAACUGCAUGGCUCCCUCCUUGCGCCGAGAGCGCUUCGCUUUCAAGAUCUCGCCGCAACCCAGCAAGCCUCUGAGGCCGUGCAUCCAGCUGGCCAGCAAGAAAGAAGCCAGCGGCACGGUGGCCCCGGCUGUGCAGAAGAAGGUGAAAAAACGGGUGUCCUUCGCGGACAAGCAAGGGUUGGCCCUGACAAUGGUUAAAGUGUUCUCCGAAUUUGAUGACCCCUUAGAUAUUCCCUUUAACAUCGCCGAUCUUCUGGACGAGGUCGUGAGUCUGACGACAGCCGAGAGCGACAGCUUUGUGUUGGACUUCACCCAGCCGUCUGCGGAUUACCUCGACUUUAGAAACCGACUCCAGGCCAACCAGGUGUGCCUGGAGAACUGCGUGCUGAAGGACAGAGCCAUCGCGGGCACGGUCAAAGUGCAGAACCUCGCCUUCGAGAAGGUGGUAAAAGUCAGGAUGACGUUUGACACGUGGAAGAGCUUCACAGACUUCCCCUGUCACUAUGUCAAGGACACCUACGCCGGUUCGGACAGGGACACCUUCUCCUUCGACAUCAGCUUGCCUGAGAAAAUCCAGUCCUAUGAGAGGAUGGAGUUUGCUGUGUGCUACGAGUGCAAUGGCCAGGUAUAUUGGGACAGCAACAAAGGCAAGAACUAUAGGAUCAUCCGGGCCGAACUAAAAUCUGCUCAGGGACCCUGUGAGCCACAGAAUGGACCGGACUUUGGGAUAGCUUUUGACCAGUUUGGAAGCCCUCGGUGUUCCUAUGGGCUGUUCCCGGAGUGGCCUAGUUAUCUAGGAUACGAAAAGCUAGGACCCUACUACUAACAGUGUUGGUGAUGGAGCCCAGCUGUGGUCAAGGUGGAAGGGAGAUAGAGACCAAGAGAAGAACCUCGUGGAACUGCCAUUUAGGCAUGGUUUUGCAAAGAAAGGAUCCUGUUCACUCUUUUCCUUGAGCUAGCAAUUCCAGCCAGGUUUAGAUCAGGGAACCGGUUUUGCACCCAGAGGAGAAGACAGCGUGCUGGUCCCGUGUGGCACCCACAAGGCUGGUGCCAGGAGUCAGACGAGAACCAGGUCUGCAGGCAGGGCUGGCGGGGCCGGAGGAGCCUGGGCUGUGUUCUCCACUUGGAUGUAGCAAGUCGCUCCCCAACCCUCUACACCAAAACAUUGCUCGGUCCCCAGCGCACCCUCCCAGACGCCCCUCCUGGGGAGUUCUCUGCCAGCCAGACCUCUUCUUCAUGUUGCUGCUAUUCCACGUCUACACCCCCCACUCCUUAUCUCUGCACUCUCGUCCACAGAGCCUGACGGUGCACGUUUCUAACACAGCCAUAGCCACAGACAGGAUCUGUUCCUGCUGGUGCAAGUUCAUUUGCUGCAGUUUCAUUUCAUUCCACAGUUUGUCCAGUGUUCAGGAAAGAAUCCAAAAGACAAUUAGCCUGUGAUUGUGGCAGGCAUUUCCUCUGCCCUCCUCCUAACCGCACGCCAUCCGUCUUUUCCCCCCAACACAUAGAGCAGUGCACCCGUUGUAAAACUGGCUCCCAUGGGGCAUUCCCGGAUUACAGGGUCACGGCAAAGCAGGACAGUCACUUUUUGCUUCUCCUUUUUUGGCUUUUGGGAGAACUUUCUUUUUUUAAGAUUUAUUCUAUUUUUUAUUAAAAAGGCAGAUAUACGAAAGCAGGAGAUACAGAGAGAAAGCUUUUCCACCCGCCGGUUCACUCCCCAUGUGGCCACAAUGGGCCAGAGCUGAGCUGAUCUGAAGCCAGGAACUUCCAGGUCUCCCACCAGGGAGUAAGGUCCCAAGGCUUUGGGCCAUCCUCCACUGCUUUCCCUGGCCACUACCCAGGAGCCAGAUAGGAAGUGGGGCAGCUGAGAUACAAUCCAACACCCAUGUGGAAUCCGGCAGAUGCAAGUAAAGGAUUUAGCCACUAGGCUAUCACACCAGCUCUUGGGGGAGCUUUCUUUCUAAGGACUCACCUUGACCCUAAGUCACUGGACAACUGGUGACAAGAUUUGUUUGAACUUGCUUGGCUGGUUUGCAAGCGACACGUUCCUUACAGAAGAAUGUCAGCUCGUCUUUCCUGAACGGUCAUCUUUUAGACUGUUUGGAAUAUUUGAUUGGCAGAUACAGUAUGUCCUUGAAGCUUUCAGAGGAUGUCUGGUUUUUAUUUUGGCUGUGACUGAUGAGACCCAAGACACUGCACAAGCACCCAGGGACAUUGAUUGGGAUGUUCUUGUUUAUGAUGUGUGAGGAUAUAAGGGAUCGGGUUGGAAGAUGUCACCCAGGUCUCCAGUUAUUUUGAAUGUUUGCCAGUCUGAACUAUGGGCGAUGAACUGUUCUCAACUACAGUCAUGUUGGCUGGCUGAUGCUGUUGUAAGAGACUCUGAUGAUGGUCAUUGUCAUUGGACCCCUAACACCUGUGAUUCUUUUUGUUUGUUUUUGGUCUUGGGCAAGACUGGUUUUUACUUAGGGGUAUUUUAGAAAUGGUUUUACAUGAAUAUUAGUAGCGAGUUGGGAUUUUUUUAAAAAAUGUUUGUGUUUGUUUGGAGGAUAUGGUUCAAUGUUUAAUUCUCUUUUUGCCUGACCUCACUCUCAGGAAGUUUUUCCUAAGGUGAGUAGAGAAGGGAGUUUGCAGAUGCCUAGAUCUAGAGAUACAGCUGUUGGAGCCAGCCACAAAUUCCAUGCUAAUGAGAAAAGACUUCGGGUUUCUGUGACUUUGUAUAGCAGUACCAGGCAUCUGGGGAGUGUGUUGGCUCCUAGUGUGUUGUGGCUGAGGUUUUGUUUUAACUGUAACAAGUUUUCAUUCUUUAAAAGUCCCUCCUCCUGUCCUGGGGGCUUUACUUGCAAGCCCCCAGCUGGCACCCCUAGAGUGCUCACCUCACAGUGCCCCACUCACAAAGGCAAGUCCUCACCUGCUGGCUGAGAGCCUUCUCCCUGGGAAUAGACUCUGGUCUAUGCAGCCUGGCAGCCCUCCUGCUCUGGGCUAUUGCUCUGAGAGGCAGAAGCCUUUGAAAACUCUUGCGUUUGUCUCCUGUU